UCAGACGACACUGCAGCAGCAGCAGAUCGUCAUCAUCUCAUCGAUCGAUCUCUGGCACACACAUACACUAAUUGAUCAUCAGCUUGAUUGAUUGCUACAUAGAUAGCAAGAAAUCGUAGCAGUGAGUGAUGGAGAGGGUGACGAAGCUGUCGACGGAGAAGGCGGUGGUGAUCUUCACGGCGAGCAACUGCCCGAUGUGCCACACGGUGGUGAGCCUCUUCUCCGACCUCGGCGUCGGCGCCGCCGUGCACGAGCUCGACAGGGACCCGCACGGCCGCGACAUGGAGCGGGACCUCGCCCGCCGCCUUGGCCGCUCCCCGCCCGUCCCCGCCGUCUUCAUCGCCGGCAAGCUCGUCGGCUCCACCGACCGCGUCAUGUCCCUCCACCUCGCCGGCAAGCUCGUCCCCAUGCUCAGGGGCGCCGGCGCCAUUUGGCUCUGAGCAGCUAAGCCCCACCAAAUUAACCUCUCGA